AUGGUCGACAAGCUUGGGAUCGAGGAUUCUCGAGUGACAUGGCACACAACAACAAUCCGCCACAAAACUUACCAUUACAUGAAAGCCGAUCCGGAUAACGAACCCCUUGCGACAAUUAUCCUUCUGCAUGGAUUUCCUGAUUUGGCCUUCGGCUGGCGGUAUCAGAUCCCUUGUCUGCAAUCUCAUGGAUAUCAGAUCAUCGCGCCAGACAUGCUUGGUUUCGGCCUUACCAGCGCCCCUAGUCAGCCAAGCUCGUACGCCUUGAGGAGUAUCGCCGAGGACAUCAGAGACCUGGCAAAUCUUGUCGUCAAAGAUAAAAAAAUCAUCCUCGGCGGACACGACUGGGGCGGCGCGGUGGUUUGGCGCACGGCUCUGUGGUUUCCCGACCUGGUCCAGGGUAUUUUUAGCGUCGGCACUCCGUUCAUCCCGCCCUCGCGCAUCUAUCGUUCGCUCGAUGACGUCACGCAACUCGAGGGUAUGAAGAGCUUGAGGUAUCAGCUGCAGUUCCAAGGCGUGCUGAUUGAUAAGGAGAUAACGGAUGAAACAAAGAUCCGGCAAUUUCUUAAUGCAAUGUUUGGCGCGAAGGGUCCAGAAAAUGAAGUUGGCUUCCAUGCAGCAGAAGGCAUCCUGUUUCACAACCUACCCAAAUUGAACCAAUCCCAAUUGCUGUCGAACGUUGAGAUGGAUUAUUACGUCUCUAGAUAUUCUCUACAAGGACAGGCUAAACUUGAAGGACCACUCCGCUGGUAUCGCACACGGGCACACAACUACCUCGACGAGUUACGGCUCUUACUGAAGCCCCUCAAAUUCUCAAUGCCGGCAUUGUUCCUAACUGUCACCCGGGACGAAGUGUUACCGUCGAGCAUGUCCGAAGGCAUGGAUCAAUACUUUGAAAACCUGACUCGCAGAGAGGUGGAUGCGUCUCACUGGGUACUAUGGGAAUCGCCUACCAAGGUCAAUGAGCAGAUCCUAGCGUGGCUAGAGAUGGUGGUACAGCACAAAUCAUAG